CACCAAGAGGUAGGAGCAAACAGGAAGUAGGAUUACAUGGCUGCAUUUAUUUCUGAAAAUUUUAAAUUUGCUGCUCUUUUCUUUAAGAGUAAAGAUGUAGUGAUCUUCAAUGGGCUGAUUGCCCUGGGGACAGUCGCUAGUCAAACAGCAUACAACGUAUUUGCCUUUGAAUGCCCAUGCUCUGCACAGAGAAAUUAUCUGUAUGGGAUAGCUGCUAUUGGUGUACCUGCACUAGUUUUCUUUUUAAUUGGAGUGAUGCUCAAUCGUAGCACCUGGGACCUGGUUUCUGAAUGUCGCAUCAGAAAAUGCCGGAAGCUCUCUGCAGCUGCUGCUUUUGCUCUUCUGGGUUCAAUAGUUGGCCGUGCAGUAGUGGCUCCAGUUACCUGGUCUGUCAUCUCGCUCCUCAGAGGAGAGGCCUAUGUUUGUGCACUGAGUGAAUUUGUGGACCCUAACUCUUUGGAAAACUUCCCUUCCACUUCCCAAAGCCACAUUGUUAUGGCCCAGUUUCCUUGUAAGGAUGUGCCUGCGGAACUGCUGCACUUUUGGAACCUCAUUGAACGUCGACUCAAGUAUGAAUCUCAGCUAUUUGGCUGGAUGUUAGUGGCUAUCGUCUCCUUCACUGUGUUUCUGGCGAUGUGUGGAAAGCGCUGCUGCUCUCCCUUGGGCUACCAGCAGGAGGCCUAUUGGUCCACCUAUCGGGCCAGUGAGCACAGACUUUUCCAGCGCACUGCUGAGGCUCAUGCCAGGUUCAGAGCUGCUGAGAGCAUCAAAACUUUCUUUGGGUUUGUAGCCCUGGAGGAGGAUGAAAAGGUGCAACUCUCAGUCUGUCAGGGGGCCAAACAGGCAAUUCCCAGUCUGGAGUGGAACCAGAUAACAGGAGUUUACUUAUACAGAGAGAAUGAAGGGACUCCCCUGUACAGUCGCCUCAACAAAUGGGCACAUUACACAAUUGGGGACACUGAGGCCAUUGAGAUGGACAUGUUUGGUGAAGAAGUGAACGGUCAUUUAUAGUAAUCAACUACAUUAUGGUAAUUUCUUU